UCGGCAGUUAAAUAUUUCUCCUUUGUAAUUGAUGAUAAUUAAUUGUUGCCGUUCAAGGCAAGAAUGAUCUAAAUUGGGCUAUUCAAAAAAUAACCCUCGAUUGGAUACUUGACACUUUAUGUCUCAGACAAUUUGUUAUACAUUUACUCGAAAGACAGAGAUGUAUAUUUGAAGAAAACGUUUAAUUAUUAUAUAACUAUUUUAUUCUUCUGAUUUUCUUCAAUCUUCAGCAGGAAAGUCCGGGUCUCUAAGUCUAUUCUUAGACUCACGUCAACAUGAAUCCAGCAGAUGCACCAAACACCAACCUCCAAGUUUUCAUCGCCCUCCGAUUACGAUAAAGAUCUAGAUCUCUCAAGCGGCGCAACAAAAACUGUAUAGUAUUCAUUGACGCCUCUGUCAACCUUGACUCAACCUCAUCUGUAAGUUUCCGUGACUUCAUUUUAAAGCGUCAAUGAGCCCGUAUCUGCAUCCUGUCCUGCAAUUGGAUGUUCAAGCAACUGACAGUCUUCUACAUAAGAGAAUGCACGGAAAUAUCAAAUCGUUUAACAAUAGCCGUCAGAAAGAUAACAAUUGACCAAGAGCUACAACUGUACGCAAAACCAUACGAGGACGUAGACAAUAGUUUAAGUGGGGAAUAUACUUGGUAUUUGUAAUAAAUGCUCGAUUCCAAAGAAGUAAAAUUCAGUAUUGUCAAAGAAUUCAAUGUUAAUUAUUUAAACAUUAACUUCUUUUUAUUAGACCCACCUGUACCAAGUCAUGUUGAUCAACAUGACUAAAGUUUUCAUCAUUUUAUUAUUUCUAUCUGUUACCAAAGCAACUCUAUGGGGCAUUGAACAAGUCUCUCAUGAUGACCCGGAUUCAUUACACAUGCUGCCCUUCACAAAAUUUCAAGUAUAUUGGAACGUACCGACGUUUAUGUGUCAUCAAUAUGGAAUAUUUUUCAAUCAAGUUUUUGAUAAUUUUGAGAUAAUUCAAAAUUCUAAUGAUACUUUUUUAGGAAAUAACAUAGCGAUCCUCUAUGAUCCAGGUUUCUUCCCAGCUCUACUUAAAAAUUCAAACGGCACCAUAUAUAUUCGGAAUGGUGGAGUACCACAGGAAGGUAAUCUUCAUAAACAUUUAGAGAUGUUUAAAGCUCAUGUUCAAGAACAAGUUGAUUACAAUUUUUCUGGGCUUGGUAUCAUUGACUUUGAGAGCUGGCGACCAAUUUUCCGACAGAAUUGGGGAAGUCUAGCUCAUUAUCGGGAUUAUUCAUACAAAAUUGAAGAAAAACGACAUCCCUUUAUGAAUGAAAAAAUAAUUAAACGUUUAGCUACUAAGAGAUUUGAAGAUUUUGCUAAAAUUUUUAUGGAAGAAACCAUAAAUUUAGCUAAAUAUCUUCGUCCAAAUGCUUAUUGGAGUUACUAUGGGUAUCCUCAAUGUUUCAAUUUAACUCCUAAACAACCAAAUACACAAUGUGAUAAUCAACUUCGUAAAGAAAAUGACGAGAUCUCGUGGUUGUGGGAACGAGAAAAUGCUCUAUUACCGUCAAUUUAUUUUCCCAGAGACUUGGAUGUAAAAACAAAAGUAGGUUUAAUUAAUGGACGAUUGAAUGAAGCUUGGAGAAUUGCGAAAAAAUUCAAACCUCAACCAAAGAUAUUACCUUACUUUUGGUACAAAUAUAGAGAUAGUCAAGAUACUUUUCUAAGCUACAAUGAUUUAAUACAUGGUUUUCAAGAAAUACUGAAUCAAAAGGUAAAUGGUUUUGUAAUUUGGGGAAGUUCUAAUGAUGUCAAUACACAACAGAAAUGUUUCGAGUUGAGGAAUUAUUUGAAUAAUAUCCUUGGUCCACUUGUUAAACAGAUGAUUGACAUAGCGAAUCAACGUAAUAUAAACACUGCUAAUUCUAUUACUCUGGAAAGAUGAUUUAAAUGAACAAAUCAUUUCGAAGUAGAUUUAUUUGUUUUAAAAAUUUUAUUGUUGUCAUUUAAAAUAAUUAAAACCCUACCUAUGAAUUCAAAAUAAUAAAUUGGAAUAGCAUCUGAA